AUGUCCAAGGAAGAAAUUAUCGAGGCCAAGGCCAAGGCUCUCCAUGAGCACAUCUUCUCCAAGUCAGAGGAUACCUACGCCGGCAAGCCCUGGGACCUGGUGAAAGCUAUCAACACGUUUGCGGACGAAAGCCGCAUGAUGACUUUCAAAAACGCCAAGAUCGAAGCUGCCAGGCAGCAAAUAGAAAAGAUUCAGCCACCCCCAAAGACUUUAAUUGAAUUUGGUGGAUAUGUCGGUGCCUCGGCCAUCGCCUGGGGUGCCAUUUUGCGAGAGCUUAACAAUGCAGAUAGCGCAGUUGAUGUCAAUGUGUACACAUUUGAGCUGAGCCCUGUCAACGCCGGUAUUGCGCGGAAUCUCAUUCGGUUAGCCGGCUUGGAGAGCACCGUGCAUGUUCUCGAGGGACCAGCUGCAGACUCACUGAGGAUAUUGUUCGAAGAGGGGAAGUUGAACAAGGGGGGCGUGGAUGUAGCCUUUUUCGACCACUGGGAGCAAUUCUACCUCCCGGAUCUGCAGCUUUGCGAAGAUCUAGGCUUAUUCAGGAAGGGCUCCAAGGUCAUUGCUGAUAACACAGAUUUCCCAGGUGCUCCUGCCUAUCUUGAGUAUGUGAAAUCUGGUGGAAGGCAGGGCGGGUCUUAUCGUUAUGAGACUGAGUCGAUUGAGACUACCUCUGACCGUGGCCCAAGCAUUGUUGAGGUUAGCAGUGUUGUUAAUGAUCAGUGA